UUUGACCCCAACGAGGUUAGACGCGUUUUUGACGGACUUACAUCCGACUUGGGUCCAGCCACCAUGUGCGGCACUUCAUCCGCCUCGCCUCGGCCCUCCGCCAUGGUCUGUGGCUCUCAUGGUGAUUGACCCAUUCCAUUUUUGGCCGGUCGGUCCACCCGUGCCGGCAUCUGCUUCAUAGUCUCUCUCUCUCUUUCUCUCCCUCGCUACGAAGAGAAGGACCAGAAGAAUCGAUCAAGGUGGAGGAUGAUGUUUCCCCAGCAGUGGUCGUCCCCCUGUGGCAACCAAUGCACUCACAAGUACGCCGCACUUAUGCAGAUUCCCUGGAGAGUGUUUUGCAAAAAGGGCUGUGAUGCUGAUGGAGAUACAUGGGAGGACUGCUUGGGGGAAUGUAAUGAGAUUUGCUAUAAAGAUCCAGUUUUGAAGGACCAUCAGUGGAGUGCUUACAUUGAUCGAUCUCCAGGGGCAGAAAAUUACUCAACGGAAUGCUUUAAUGCCUGUGUUGCGGGAUGUGCUUUCAGGUUCAGUGUUUCCUCAGAAAUAGUUAGUCAGGUUCAUCCAAACAGGCCACCCAAACCCUGUUUGGAGAGUAAGCCACAGCAAUCAUUGGUCGAUCCACCAAGGUCUUCCGAGGAUCUUCCAUGUACAUCUGCAUGAAGAGUAUCAUACGCAUCUAAUGUGGAGCCAAUUUUGUAUCUCAGUAUCUGUCUAGCAUGUAGAGGAUCCAAAUUCACUUUGACUGGAGAAUUUUUGUUUCUAAAGGUGAGUGGUGAACGGCAAUCUCAUCUGUCAGUAGUAUAUAACAUGAGUACGACAAACCAUUUUUCUGGGGGGAAGGGGGAAGGGAGAUGACAAAGGACCCCUUCAAGAACCAGACUACUUAACAGGCUUCCUCCUUGAGAUAAACUUGGUGGAAGCCCAAUGGCUAACGAGAGAAAUCGAGUAUUUUUUUUCCCCAAUUUUAGUUAGAUUCUUUUCUUUCAGUCAUUUAGUUGGAACAUUUAUGGUGCAUAUGCGUGCCUGCAUGUGUAUACGUGAAAUUUAUAGGAAUGAGACAUAAUAUGGUAGGCGGAUAUCUACGUUCACAUGGUUAAUCAAGCGUCUUCUCAGACGAAGCAAAAUCAGACCCUGCACUCUUAACUGUAUUGAUUGCAACCCAUGUAUUAGAUUUAAGAAUUUUUCUGUUCGUGUCAUGUUGCAAUGGACCAUGAAGUCAAUACACGUUGUACUUUUGCGUUUCUCAUUGAAAUGGUUUGCAAUAAAUACCAAGUGGAUUCAAA